ACUUUAAAAAAGAAGCACGCUGCACGGAUAUAGAAUAUUCUCAGCGACUUCAGUCUUGACCAUGACUUGAGAGUUGAGAUUUCCAUGGCUACCAAAUAUUCACCACUGAGCUUUACUGUCUUCUCAUCACUGCUCCUGAUUCUUCUAGCCACAACAUCAUCCACUGCCCAAGCCAUCAAGGCCGCCCAUGGCUUCUCAUCAAUCAAAGAAGCCACAGUACAUGAUAUCCAGCUAACUUUCAAGCAAAACCAACUCAGCUCCAGGAAACUCGUUGAGCUUUACCUUAAACAAAUAAGCAGACUCAACCCAGUUCUUAAGGGUGUCCUAGAAGUGAACCCAGAUGCACUGUACCAAGCUGAUAAGGCUGACCAUGAGCGCAACUCCAAAGCACCUGGGUCACUCUCUCCAUUGCAUGGUAUUCCCAUUCUGCUCAAAGAUAAUAUUGCAACCAAGGAUAAGCUGAACUCCACGGCUGGCUCAUACGCACUGCUUGGCUCAGUUGUGCCACGUGAUGCUGGUGUGGUAACCAAGUUGAGAAAAGCUGGGGUUAUCAUAUUGGGGAAGGCCACUUUGAGCGAGUGGUCCUCUUAUAGGUCCAAUGGAGCACCCAGUGGCUGGAGCGCCAGAGGUGGGCAAGGCAAGAGUCCUUAUACAAUGGGAGAUCCUUGUGGGUCAAGUAGUGGACCAGCAAUAUCAGUAGCAGCAAAUAUGGCAGCAGUGUCACUAGGGACCGAGACUGAUGGCUCUAUCUUAUGUCCAUCCAGUAAUAACUUGGUGGUAGGCAUCAAGCCAACUGUUGGUCUCACUAGUCGAGCUGGAGUCAUACCAAUCUCACCAAGACAAGAUACCGUGGGGCCCAUUUGUAGAACAGUCGCAGAUGCUGUUUAUGUUCUUGAUGCCAUUGUAGGCAUUGAUCACUAUGACAAUGCAACAAUUGAAAUAUCACAGUACAUUCCAAAAGGUGGCUAUGCACAAUUUCUUAAGGCUGAUGGGCUCCAAGCAAAGAGAGUGGGGAUAGUGAGGGAUCCAUUCUACAAUUUUGGGAAUGAUACUAUUGCCACUCGAACUGUUGAGCAACAUCUUAAAACACUAAGGAAACAGGGCACAAUUUUGGUAGACAAUCUGAAACUAGCCAAUCUGGUCGAAAUCUAUAGAUCAAGCGAUGAAGGAACUGCAUUGGCGGCCGAGUUUAAAAUUUACAUGAAUGCAUACCUAAAGGAAUUAGUGGCUUCCCCAGUCCGUUCCUUAGCCGAUUUGAUUGCCUUCAACAAGAAAAACUCAAAAUUGGAGAUGUUAGAAGAAUAUGGACAAGACCAGUUUGUAGAAGCUGAAGCAACAAAUGGAAUUGGAAAUGCAGAGAAGGCUGCGUUGGCAAAUUUAGCAAAACUGACUAGAGAAGGUUUUGUGAAGUUGAUGACAAAGAAUAAGCUAGAUGCAUUAGUGACUCCUGGCAGUAGUGUUUCACAUAUCCUUGCAAUUGGGGGUUUCCCUGGAGUAAUUGUCCCUGCUGGAUAUGACUCUGAUGGGGUACCAUUUGGCUUAAGCUUUGGAGGACUAAAGGGAUCGGAGCCAAAGCUGAUUGAGAUUGCCUAUGGAUUUGAGCAAGCAACAAAGAUCAGGAAGCCUCCAAAAUUUAAAAUUUAAAGGCUCUAUUGCACCACCACAACCUCUAUUCUAAUUUAUAUGACUUGUAUUAAUAUCUAAUUAUCAUGAAGCAAGAUUUGCGUUUGAAGCUAGUAGCAAUAUAUAUUCUGCAAAAAUAAAAAUAAAAAUAAAAGUAGCCUUAACUUCACUUA